AUGUCCAGCACCAAGCGCUUCGUGGAGCAGCGCGUCGUCAAAAGGCGGGAACAAGAAGCAAAGAACUUAGAGCUCCGCCGGCGCCUGAUGGAGAACAACAUCUAUGCAGGCUACGGGAAGAGCGAGCUCAACGUUGAAAAGAAGCGCAGAGCUUUGUCAGAGGCGGCUGAACGCCGUGAGCUUUUCAUGGAUUACAGCUUUGUCAAGAGCGAGCAAGACAAAACAAAGAGAGUGCAGAUAGCACAAUUUGAAGAGCAGCUUGCAGACGAACUGGCGAAACGAAAGGCCGAGCAAAUGCGCCAUGAUAUGGAUCGUCGACGCAUCUGCGAUGGCUCUGAAGAGUUGCGGGCGCUGAAAGAAAGGCUCCACAUGGCCAAAGUCAACAAGGAGCGUGCCCAGCAGCUCCUCGAGAUCGAGGUGCGGAAAGAGAAGGACCGUAUCACUGGCCACUUGCUGGCCGAGCACAUGGAGAAUGAGAGGUUGGAGCAGCAGGAGCUAGAGCACAAGCUGGACAUUGAGAAGAAGAGGCAGCGAGAGCGCGUCAAGGUAAUCAACCAGCAGCAGAUUGCCAUGAAGGAGGCCCAAAGAGAGGAGGCUCUGCAAGAGUACAUCAAGGAACGCAACCAGGUAGAAGAGCUGGUGGCCAAAAUUGCAGACGAAGAUGCCAAUGAAGCGAGAGCACGUGCUGAGAAGCAGAUGGAGUCACGGAUCAUGCUGCAACAGUUUAUGGUGGAGCAGAAGGCAAAUCAGGAGAAGUUGGAGGCCGAGGAGAAAGCCGAGAAUGAACGAAUCGAGCAAUUUGCGCGGGACAAGCGAGAACGGGAGGAACGGCUGGAGCAGGAGCGACAGGAGAAGGAGAAGGAGAAGCUCCGCAUUCUCAAUGCCAUGCUUGGCCAAAUGGAGGCCAAGAACAAAGAGGCAGAGGAGCUGGAGCUGCUCCGCAACGACUUGCACUUAGAAGAGCUUGAAGCCGAAUCACGCAGGCGCGAAGAGAUGCAGAUGCGCAAGAAGCUAGAAGACAAAGAGGAGAUGAAGAACGCCUAUCUUGUCCAGAUGCGGGCGAAAGAAGAAAAGAUGUAUCAUGCUCGCGAGGAGGAGGCCAGGAUGCGUGAGGAGCUGCUAAAGAAGUUUGCCGAAGAUGAUCGCCUGGAGCAGCUCAAUGAGCACAAGCGGCGAAUGAAGGUCGAACAGCACAAGCGAGAGGCAGAGCGGCUGGUGGAACUUCGGCGCGAGAUGUAUGAGCUUGCCCGGGCUCAAGAGCGUGAAGAGCAAGAUGCGCUUCGCAAGGAUGAGGACAAGCGGCGCCUCAUCAUCGAGGAUGAGCGCAGGAGGCUUCUUCGAGAACACGGACAGGAGCUCAAGAAGUUCUUGCCCAAGCACACUUUGGAAAGCAUGGAGGACUACAAGCUGCUCUUUGGUGAAGAUCCCUCGCCGUGA